UUUUGUACCUCACCCGCACCAUGACUGACGCCUGCGCCACCUCCGCACCCCACAUGGCUCCAACUACCAAUAUCUGCAAUCUAAUCCCACACAAGAGAGGUCCCCCGUCGCGACUGUACUUGCUGCAUGAGAAGGCCGAAUAUCUAUUCCUCCAGCUCCAAGCUCGGGAUCAAGACCUUGCGCUGUACGAAGCCAAGAUGGGGACGUACACCAAGCUCGAAGGCAAAAUGUCAGCCAAGAUCCACGAGCUUCAAGGCCAAGUUGCCUACUACGAAGGCAAGUUCAAGGAGGUGGAUCAGCUUCGCCGGCUCGACAUGAACGAGCACGAGCACUUGCGACAUCGUAUCCAGGGACUCGAAGACUCCCGUGACGACAGUCGGGCGACACAGCUACGUCUUCAGCAAGAGAUUGCGACGACACGGUCCGCGCUCAUCGAGCAAGAAGCUACUGUAGUCCAACGAGACAAGACAAUCGCAUACCUCGAGUCCGAGAACCGCCACAUCAUGGAUAACUACCACAAAGUAGGUCACGUCGACUACUUUACUGGCCCAUCGCGCUUUUAGAGAGCGGAGGAAUACCAAGCCACAUCGGAGGCACAGCGCCAGCAAAAAGAAGAGCUCGAAUCCACGAUUGCGCUGCUGGAGGAAGCAUCGCGGCACCAUAUGCAGCACGAUGCUGAGAGGGACCGCGUCGUCGAGCAGCUUCGAAUUGAACUUUGCGCCGUGCAAGCCGCACGCGAUGAUUGCGAGGCGCAGCUUGCAGCCCUGGGCUUGGAUGCACAAGACUCGGCUCAAACAGUGGCGCGACUCACGCGAGAGGUCGCCGACGCUAAAGCUGCAACGACGCUUCUCCGCGAGUCCGCAGACGAAGAACGUCGUGCCUGGGCACAGUACGAAGACGAAAAAGAGAGACUCGUAGUGGGGACCCAAAAUCUUCUCACUCGCCACGACAAGCUCCUCGACUGGAGCUGCCGUCGCCUCGAUCGCGCACGAGACCUGCAGCUGCAACAAAUUGUCUUUUUGACGUGGAACGGGACCACACAACGUGCCAAGAACGCGCACAUGGCUCUCCAGCUUCAGCGCUGCGAAGCCGCGUUGUCACGCUUCACCCACGAGCUCACUGCUACCCGGGAGUCGUUGGGUCAACUUCGGAAAUCUGUUGCCGAGCUCAGUCCAUCAUCGACAUUAUCGACCGCGAUCGUCCAAGCGUGCCACCAGGCCGUGCUGGAGCGCGACGUAGCCUACCGCUACAUCGACUCGCUGACGUUGUCCAAUCAGGAGAAGAGCGCUCAGUUGCAUCAGCUGCACACCGACCUCACUCUGCUUCGUACAAAGAACGAGCUAGACCAAUGCAGUGGCAGCGACAAGCGCGCCUUGCUGCAGCGCGAUAUUGAGCACCUGCACAAUGUCGUGGAUGGCUCCAAGGCGGCUGUGCGUCGACAGCAGAUGCUUGUUUACCGCCUUUGCGGAGCUCGCGCACAAGCGAAAGCAACGCUGUUGGCGACAGUCUUCUUUUACACGUGGCGAGAUGUGCAUCAGCGGCGGACCCUUGGUGGAUGGUGCAACGAGCUCCUUGCGAAUACUGGCAGUCCAGGGACCCAGCGCGUGCCCGAGUGGCAUCUCAUGGAUUAUACACCUCGAGCGACACUGCGACGCUUGACACUGCGCUUUGCAGGUCCCUUUGCCACGUCAACCGACGAGUAG